UCCAAUCGGCCAUCUUUUGACCGGCGUUCAGAAUUUUGCCCUAGCCCCCAAUUGGAUCUACGGAUCUGCUUUCCUUCCCCAAAUAAAAAAAGGGGCCUCCCCCUUUUCUUAUAUUAUUUUUCCCGUUUCACUUCACUUCUCGCUCGAUCCGUGUGAAGCUCACCCCAAUCUAAUUUUAUAUGUUUGUAUCGUAACUCCCGGAUUCCUCGUUCUCGCUCGCUCGCUUCUGGGGAGGCAAUGGACGGUGGAUCGGCGGCGCAGUACAACCCGCGGACGGUGGAGGAGGUUUUCCGCGACUUCAAGGGCCGGCGAGCUGCUAUGAUCAAGGCCCUCACCACCGACGUCGAGGAUUUUUACCAGCAGUGUGACCCCGAGAAAGAAAAUUUAUGUCUCUAUGGAUUUCCCAAUGAACACUGGGAAGUUAAUUUACCUGCAGAAGAGGUGCCUCCAGAACUUCCUGAACCUGCUUUAGGAAUUAACUUUGCUAGGGAUGGAAUGCAAGAAAAGGAUUGGCUAUCUUUGGUUGCUGUUCACAGUGAUGCUUGGCUACUUGCUGUUGCUUUCUACUUUGGUGCUAGAUUUGGAUUUGAUAAAAUACAAAGGAAGCGCCUCUUUGGUAUGAUCAACGAUCUUCCCUCCGUAUAUGAAAUUGUGAGUAGCAGGAACAAGGUCAGGUCAACUGAAACAAACCAUAGCAAUAGCAAAUCCAAGUUGAACUCUGGCAUGCGUUUAUCAGAAUCUCAGGCGAAGUUGCAGAAGGUGCAACCAAAGGAAGAGGACGAUGAGCUGAACGAGGAAGAAGACGAUGAACACGGAGACACCCUCUGUGGGGCCUGUGGGGACAAUUAUGCAUCCGAUGAAUUCUGGAUCUGCUGCGAUAUCUGUGAGACAUGGUUCCACGGCAAGUGUGUGAAAAUCACACCAGCUAAAGCAGAGCACAUCAAGCAGUACAAGUGCCCGACGUGCACCAGCAAAAAGUCGCGCCCAUCCUAAUAGAUGCCGUGCUCAAUAUCUGGAUGUUCCUUCGAUCUGCGCUCGAUGUCUAUAGCUACUCUAAUCAUAGAAAUGUUACUGUCAAUCUGCACCUUUAGCUCGCAGAUUUUACUUACUUUAGUACUAUCGUCGCUUUAGGUGCAAAUUGAAUCUUGUGAAGGGAGUCGACACUCUACAAAUUCUGCUAGCAUGUUUGUAGAUCCUGAAGAUCUGCUAUAAUGCUAAGACUGCGUUUUAUUGUAUUAAUUCUCCUACUGCUCAGUUAGAUUGAAGAUCUUGUUGUAAUCAAGUUGAUUAGCAUUCUUAUGAA